UACAGAAACCCGCGCAGCACCGGAAGUACUCAUAUUCUGGUGCUCGCCUCACACUGUUCAGGUUUAUGAAGUGAAAAAAAAACCUUCCGUCGUUAUGAACAGAAGAACAACAAAAUAACAUUAUAUGGCUCAAAUAAAGGAUUUCGACUGGAGCUGAUCUCCGGCGGCACACUGUUGAUUUUGUUCCAGAGACCAUGGGCAGUGGCCGGGCCUCCCCACUUGGGGGUGAUGUGGAUCUGUGUGGACUGGACAAUCAGAUAGAGGGCAUUCUGGAAAUGUGGAAGAUAGGAGAUGACAGCCCUGGUCUAAAGGAGCCUUGGAGUCACCCAGGUGGAAGUUCAGAUGUUGGUCGUGUUACAGACAGAGAGACCCUAGAACGGAAUGGGGACUGGACAAUGACCAUCUCCUCAGAAAGGCAGCUACUCACUGAGAGGCGAGUGCCGGGGAUCCCAGCUCACAGAGAUCCCUUUACUUCGUGCCUCACCUGCCACUUCUGUAUCCUGCAGGACAGAGAUCUAAAGAGAAACCGGAGCCUGACAGCACUGGAGGGAAUGAUUGAGCGACAGAUUCGAGAGGCGAGGAAACAAAGGAGAGUGGAGGAGCUUCACAGUUUUGGGAAUGCUGUCGGCAGCGCAUCCCAGAGUGUGAACGUGCUGCCGGGAACGCUGGAGUGUCAGAGAGCUGGAGAACGAGCGGUCAGAGAGGAGGAGCUGCAGCAAUGGCAGGGGGAUAGCGUCGUCUUCUCGGAUUGCUCUGCUCACUUUGAAUUGUCUGAGAGCGAGGGAGAGGGACAGCUGGCCAAAGGGGAGUGCUUUGAGAACGUUUCUGAAAGUGGGAUGGGGCCAGUGAGUGUAAAUCACAUGGAAGGAUUGAACUACCUGAAGCCACAGCCUGUGGGAGAGAGCCGGGAUUUACUUCCCUCUGGAUCCUUUAGUCUUCUGAAGCUGGAGGAGAUGCUGAUCCAGCAAAAGCCAGCGCCGCAGUUGUGUGUUGUCACAAACAACAGAGCUGCCAGGGAAUGUACUGGGAGGUGGGCUCAGAAACUGGAAGAUGAUGGUGCCAGGUGUAAUGAAAAUUCUGUGAAGACUACUGGAAUUCGAAAUAAUGUUGCAUCUGAGAAAGACCAUAUCUCGAGUGUCAAAGCUGAAGAAACAUAUUUGGCUCCUUUUCAAGAGAUUGUCAUACCUGAAGACGAUAUCAGAAGAGAGAAAGUUUAUCCUCUAGCAUCUCUGAAGAAUAAUCCCAGAGAUGUGAAAAGCCCAGAAAAAGAUACAUUACCUGAGAAUGAAGUACAAAUUGUUAAAGUUUCACCUGAAGAGGAUUUUAAAGUUUUUAGACUGGCCGAUGAUGUCAUCUCUACUCCUGAAGACGAUGUCAUCUCUACUCCUGAAGAUGAUGUCAUAGUUGUGGGAGUUCUUAAUAAAGGUCUCUCAACUCAGAAUGAUGACCUGACAAGUGCCAAAGAUCAAAAUGGCAGCACUGCGUUUUCUGAAGAUACGAUAGUUUUAAAAGUUCAGAAAGAUCUCACAAGUGUGAAACCUACAAAUGACCUCCAGCAUCCUGAAGAUAAUGUUGUGACUGACAGCCCUCAAUCUUCUUGUGUCUUGCCAAAGACUGAUGACACGACUGCUACUGAUCCAGCAGAUGGCAGCAGUUCACUUCCAGGUGGUUUUACAGUUUCACAGGAAAGUAAUGACACUAGUGUAAGAGUCUCAGAAAAUACAACUGGGUUGCAGGAAGAUGAAGUCACCGGUAUUUCAAUUCCAAGUGAUCAUAUCUCAUCACAGAAAGAUCCGACACCUUUAAAACCUUCUGACCACGACUGCGUAGCUUCUGAAGACGUCAUAUUUGUCUGUGACGUCAGCUUAAAGACUGAUGCUGCUGGUUCCAAACAUAAAGGUUCUGGUUUUGUUUCAAAGAGAGAUGAUGUCGUGGUGGUUCUAAGCAAAGGUACGGUGUCUGAAAACGAUGGUGUCACUUGUGUUCUAAAUGACCCCACCACAUCGCAAGCAGAUAAACCCACAACUGCCGGUAUGCUAGAAAAGGGUAUUGCGUCACAAAAUAACAAUUUGCUAAGUGGCAGCAUUACAAAUAAGAGUUCACAGAAAGCUGAUGCAAGUGCCAACAGUUUCAAAAAUGACGUUUUUUCUAAAGAUGACAUGACUGUUAACAUCUGCAGUGCCAGGACUCAGAAAGAUCUAUCAACAGCUGGUAAGCUUGAGAGUGAAGUCCUUAAUCAGACCAUUCCAGAAAACGUGUCUACUCCUGAUUUCACAGCUGUCGGAGAUAGCAGCAGGUCACAAGGAGGUGAUGCUGAAGUUCUCGCAUUGCAGCCCAUGCUGGAAAAGGACGCUGUCUCCCUGAAGAGUUCCAGAGCUCCGGGUCAUGUUCUGCUGCACAAAGUGGAUGUGUUGUGUGCUAAUGCUCAAGAAAAUGCCACCUUCCAAAAUGAUUUCCCAAACAUUACAAUCCAAAAAGACGUAUCAAAGAAAAGUGCCAGAGUUUCAGAAAAUGCCAUUACAAAUCUUACAAAUUAUGUCCACAGUUUCAAAGUUCUAAACGACAGAGCCGUGUCAAAGCCUGAUGGCACCCAUGGUGCCCGAGUUUUCAGAAAUCAUGUCACAGGUGUGUCAAUCCCAAAGGCCUGUAGGACGGAUCUGAGGGCUGCAGCUGUUGAAAGACAGAGUCCAGGGGAUGGCAGCAGCCAGGGUAAAAGAUGCCCAGGAGCAGGAGUUGAGGGGAUCAGCAGGAAAUGGACUUCGGUGGAUGCCAACCAAAAGAGGGCAAGGGUGGCAUCAGACUGGAGCAAUACAUUGGGAGAAGAGAAGUUUAUGCCCAAGGUCAGUUUUCACCCCACCACCCCUCCUCCAGGUCGACCCUCUCGUCAAGACCCCCAGAAGCGCUCGUUUGAGGACAGCGUUACCAAUACAGGGGUCCCAUCAGCUAAGAAACUGUGCACUGUGGAGAGCAUCCUGGAAGUAGGAAGAGAUGAAACUCUCAAAUAUUCUAGCAAGCCAUCUCGGGGUGUGGUGGCUUCAGCUAGGCAGCUGCAGAAUGCACAAGAAGCAACAAAAGAUGGGACAAGCACACAAACAUACAGAGCUGGAGACCACAGUAAUGGGAGUAGAACUGUAAGAGACGGGUUUGCAAUGCUGGGACACUCUGCCAGUGUGUUGAAAUUCACUAAAGAACAGAGAGAGAUUUCUGAAUCGCUAGGGCACAACUUCAGAAGUCAGGGAAUGAAAAGAGAUUGGAUGAGCAUUCCAAAACAGGAAUCAACUGGAGAGCUGAGAACGGUGUCUCAUCAUCUUAAAGACCAGUCCAGAGCAACAAGAGAAAGGCUCAGGGUACCUUGGGAUGACGUGGCAGUGAUGGGGAAUGUCUCCAGCAUGGUGUUAACUGAGAAGUCUAGAGCUUUAGAUCCUGCUGCUUCUAGAGCGCCUGUUGAUAGAACAGCAGAAAGUCUGAGGAACGCACACAAGUAUGUGACUCCGCUGAAAAGAGAGCCACAGCAGACCAGCAGGGAGUCCAGAGAAAGGCAGUGUUUGGGGAGAAGCAGUGUGCCAGUAGAGGAGGAGUUGAGCCCCUCUGCCCCACUGCUGGGUCCCAGCAGUCUGGAGCAACUGAACAGGAUGUUAACCAGGGCGGGCUGGGAUGUGCCAGGCUCUGGGGAUAGGGCUUUGCAGAAAGCAGAAUCUUCAUCAGUUAGUUACAGGGCCUCGAUGCAUGAUUGUGAGGCGAGACACCCUGGGGACAGAACCCCAGAACAAAUAGAGUCUCUGUUCUUGGGGAGCAGGUCCCCUCACCAAGCAGAACAUCUAUUUUCUGGAGGCCAGGCCUCUGAAGAUAGGACCCAAAGGCAGGUGGAAUCAGAGCUGUUUGGGGACAGCGCCCCAGGGAGCAGGCUGUUAUUACAGGGAGCUCACAGCUCCAUGGGAAGGGCUCGACAGCAGCCCAUGAGACUCCACCUCUCAUCGGGGUCAGGACUCCGGAUCAGAGUGGCUCAGGGGGCUGAGCUGGAGAUGGUUAUGCCAGACGGGGCAGAGCUUACCAUUGAUUUUCCUGCGGCACAGGGCAGUGCUACAAAUGAAACUGGCAGGGCCUACAAAGAAGAUGCUGAGGAAGGGCCAAGAUGGCUAAACUGACAGCAGAGAGUACUGUUAACUGGGGGCAAAAGCUUUGUACCUCUGAGAGGGGAGGGGUGUUCUUCAAGCACAACACUAGUACAAAAUCACCUUGUGUUUGUGUUUUUUAUGCUGUGUUUUUUCUAUGAGGAUAACAUUUUGCAAGAAACACUUCUGCAUCGGAUAUUUUCAUCACACUUAAAAGCAGCUACCUCCUUAGCCAUGUAUGUACUCAUUCGUAACCCUAUCGGGCAGUACACAUUUUACAUGGUAUUUCCAGAGUGUAUUGUUUUGUCUUGCAUGUUUUAUAACCUUGAUAUGUAUAAUCUUGAUAUGGUGUACAAUCUGGAGUGAAGCACAGUGAUGCCAGGAAAGCUUGAAGGGGAAAGCGGUCUCAAACUUCUGCUGCACUCAUCAGUGCUGACAUCACAGAGAGAAAGUUGUGCUAUUCUAUAAGAUGGGGUCACAGGAAAAGAAGGUAACAUAUUUUUUUAGCCAGAGCAAUACAUAAUGAAUGAUGGGUAUAACGUUUCCAGAGGAGAACUGUAAGAUACACAAGUUUACUGCAAUAAAAUGGUUACUGAUUAUCAACAAUGAUGAAAAAUGAUGAAGGCUAAUAUUUAAUGAAAUCGUUAAGAGGAAUUCAAAAUAAUGACCAACAGAUUUUUUGGAGAGAGAGUAUGCUACAUGUCUGCUUUGACAACCACACAAUUAUAUUCCCAUAUCUGUAGUCAGAAAUCUGGGUGUAAUCCUUGAAUCAGACUUGUUUCAUGAUACAGGAUUGCACAUAGCCAUCUUCAUAAAGGUAUUGUUUUUAAUAUUUUUUAUUUUCUGCUCCUAAAGCAUAAUUUUCUACUUUUAUCAAAUUAUGAAAGCGGAGAAUUGGUGCAUCCCAAAAACGUUUUGCCUGCGUUGACUCCAGUCGUUGCUGUGACAGCGCGGUCACAGUACUGACUCUACAUUGUUAAAAUGUUUUGCCUGCGUUGACUCCAGUCGUUGCUGUGACAGCGCGGUCACAGUACUGACAUUACAUUGUAAAAACGUUUUGCCUGCGUUGACUCCAGUCGUUGCUGUGACAGCGCGGUCACAGUACUGACACUACAUUGUAAAAACGUUUUGCCUGCGUUGACUCCAGUCGUUGCUGUGACAGCGCGGUCACAGUACUGACACUACAUUGUAAAAACGUUUUGCCUGCGUUGACUCCAGUCGUUGCUGUGACCGCGCUGUCACAGUACUGACAGUACAUUGUAAAAACGUUUUGCCUGCGUUGACUCCAGUCGUUGCUGUGACAGCGCGGUCACAGUACUGACUCUACAUUGUAAAAACGUUUUACCUGCGUUGACUCCAGUCGUUGCUGUGACAGCGCGGUCACAGUACUGACUCUACAUUGUAAAAACGUUUUGCCUUCGUUGACUCCAGUCGUUGCUGUGACAGCGCGGUCACAGUACUGACUCUACAUUGUUAAAAUGUUUUGCCUGCGUUGACUCCAGUCGUUGCUGUGACAGCGCGGUCACAGUACUGACUCUACAUUGUAAAAACGUUUUGCCUGCGUUGACUCCAGGCGUUGCUGUGACAGCGCGGUCACAGUACUGACACUACAUUGUUAAAAUGUUUUGCCUGCGUUGACUCCAGUCGUUGCUGUGACCGCGCUGUCACAGUACUGACAGUACAUUGUAAAAACGUUUUGCCUGCGUUGACUCCAGUCGUUGCUGUGACAGCGCGGUCACAGUACUGACUCUACAUUGUUAAAAUGUUUUACCUGCGUUGACUCCAGGCGUUGCUGUGACAGCGCGGUCACAGUACUGACAGUACAUUGUAAAAACGUUUUACCUGUGUUGACUCCAGUCGUUGCUGUGACAGCGCGGUCACAGUACUGACUCUACAUUGUUAAAAUGUUUUACCUGCGUUGACUCCAGUCGUUGCUGUGACAUCGCGGUCACAGUACUGACUCUACAUUGUAAAAACGUUUUACCUGCGUUGACUCCAGUCGUUGCUGUGACCGCGCGGUCACAGUACUGACACUACAUUGUAAAAACGUUUUACCUGUGUUGACUCCAGUCGUUGCUGUGACAGCGCGGUCACAGUACUGACUCUACAUUGUAAAAACGUUUUGCCUGCGUUGACUCCAGUCGUUGCUGUGACAGCGCGGUCACAGUACUGACUCUACAUUGUAAAAACGUUUUACCUGUGUUGACUCCAGUCGUUGCUGUGACAGCGCGGUCACAGUACUGACUCUACAUUGUAAAAAUGUUUUGCCUGCGUUGACUCCAGUCGUUGCUGUGACAGCGCGGUCACAGUACUGACACUACAUUGUAAAAACGUUUUACCUGCGUUGACUCCAGUCGUUGCUGUGACAGCGCGGUCACAGUACUGACUCUACAUUGUAAAAACAUUUUACCUGCGUUGACUCCAGUCGUUGCUGUGACAGCGCGGUCACAGUACUGACACUACAUUGUAAAAACGUUUUACCUGCGUUGACUCCAGUCGUUGCUGUGACAGCGCGGUCACAGUACUGACUCUACAUUGUAAAAACGUUUUGCCUGCGUUGACUCCAGUCGUUGCUGUGACAGCGCGGUCACAGUACUGACUCUACAUUGUAAAAACGUUUUACCUGUGUUGACUCCAGUCAUUGCUGUGACAGUGUGGUCACAGUACUGACACUACAUUGUAUUUCCCUUUCAGGUACCUGGUUCAACAGCCAGUAUUAGUAGGCUACUAGCCGUUUCCUCUUUCUGUGUGAAACAGCACAACAUGAUGGUUGCUACAGGGUAUCAAACAAAUCAGCAACUACAUUGCAAAAAGCAUACUUCAAACAUACGGUCGUAUCAGAUAACAAUAAAUACAAUGUAUAUGUACUGGUUUUAGCUUUUUAAUAUUUUCAUAUUUACUUGUUUUUACUGCUGUUUUCUUGUUAUCUGUGUUAAGUGCUUUGAGACCCUUUGAUGAAAGGUGCUAUAUAAAUAAAUAUUGUAUAGAAACAAG